GCCGAUAACGAAGCCCAAUCCAAAACCAUGACCCAAAUCCAACGUCAAGAAUUCACAUGUACAUCGUCGUCAACCGAAUCAAAGCUCAAGUGAGGCUCAGAAGACACAGUAGAGCGUCUACUGUAGAGAGAAAAACGACGUAAUGGGAAGGAAGAAGGGAGUAGCAGAGUUCGAGGAAUCGCCGCCCGAUGACUUCGAUCCGUCGAACCCAUACAAGGAUCCAGUGGCGAUGCUUGAGAUGAGGGAGCACGUCGUCAGGGAGAAGUGGAUCGAUAUUGAGAAGGCCAAGAUCUUGAGGGAGAAGCUAAAAUGGUGCUAUCGCAUAGAAGGCGUCAACCACCUCCAGAAGUGCCGCCACCUCGUUCGUCAAUAUCUCGACUCCACUCGCGGCAUUGGCUGGGGCAAGGACCAGCGUCCUCCCUCUUUACAUGGUCCUAAGGUGGAGGCACUUACGUCUGAGUGAAUGGUUAUAUUGAGGUGACUAAAGUUAGAAGAAGAUAUGCUCUGGAAUUGUGGGGAAGGCAAUGGUUCGCUGUGAUUGUGUUUGCUUAAUCUGGAUUCCUAUCAUCCACAGUUUUUACUCAUCUUUCCUGCAAUGUACAGAGGCCAGAAAUUGCUCUCUGGAUCUUAUAAUCCUUUUCCUUUUGACAUCAAAAUAACAUCAUUGACGUGGACAGGGACAAGGAAUGAAAGUAACCCAGAUAAUGAAAUAAAAAUUUUCCUA